AGACUCAGGUAUUGUUCAGAUGAAAAAUAUUAUUGAACGGAAUAUUACUUGAGAUGGCAAACGAUGUUAGUUGUUCAAAACAAAAAUCAAAUGAAAACGUUAAAAAUAAUGAAAAUUCCAUGGACAGUAGCUGGAGUUGGAUGAUUGUAGUUGCGGCUUUUUCUUCGAAUACAAUUAGCGAUGGAAUCCUAUAUACAAUGGGUAUGAUUGAGGAAGAAUUGUUGGUGGAAUUCAAUGAAAGUAAAUUACUAACAUCGUGGGUUCCAUCGAUCGUUUCUGGCAUGCAAUUAUGUGGAGGACCGAUUGCAUCGCAGCUUAUUAAUAGAUACAGCUGCCAUACAGUUGCUAUUAUAGGAUCAUUGUUGAGUGCAAUAAGUUUUCUAAUCAGCGCUUAUGCACAAUCAGUAUUCGCACUUAUUAUUAUAAUUGGUUUUGGUUCUGGAACCGGAUUUUGUUUUUUGUAUUGUUCGGCAAUCGUUAGUAUUGGAAUGAAUUUUGAAAAAUAUCGAUCCGUGGCAACAGGGAUUGCAUCUGCGGGUACAGGAUGUGGAACUUUUUUAUUUUCCCCAUUAGUUGCGUUUUUUAUCGAAAAAUUUGGUUGGCGUAAGACCAUGCUUAUUCUUUCCGGAAUUUUAUUAAAUUGUGUUAUAUUUGGCGCUCUAUUUCGGCCCCUAAAACGUUCUAUGAGAAAUCAGGGCGAAAAAUGUACAAAUCAACAUGAAAUUUAUACCAACCACGCCAAUACACUUCACAAAGAGUUGGAUCGACCAGAGAAUAAGAAGAUUGAAAUCGCAUCAAAAGCAUACUGUGGAUGUAAUUUGGCCGAAAUAUUGAAAUCGAUUUUUAAAUUCAUGAAUUUUAAUCUCUUAAAAAAUCCAGUCUUUGUUUUAUUGAUGGCAUCAAGUUUUGUGACUAGUACGUUUUUCUAUGUGCCCAUUUUUUUAUUGCCAUCGUAUUCAAGCGCACUGGGAAUGAAAGAACUUGGUCCUAGUAUUUUGAUGAUAACAGGUAUUUCAAAUACGUUGGGUCGUUUAUUUUGGGGGUAUGUGUCUAACAAAACAUCGAAUCGAAUUUGGAUUUACAGCACUAGCCUUGUUAUUUGUGGCAUCGCAACUGCUCUCUUUACUAUUAGCAUCGAUUUUGUAUCGCUUUCCAUUUGUUCAGCGGUGUUUGCAUUUACGGCGAGUGCAUGCUGUGUUUUGAGUUCGGUUAUAUUGGCUGAUUUACUUGGAUUGGAUCAAUUGAAUAAUGCAUUCGGUUUAAUUCUGUUUACUGAUGUGCUUGGCACUUUUAUUGGACCGCCUAUCUAUGGUAUAAUCUACGAUUUAUCAAAUGCAUAUGUUCCUGGAAUCAUUCUCACAGGCCUUAUGAUUACUUUUAGUGGUUUUAUUCUUUUUUUCGUACCGACAUUACAGCGUUAUGUCCUAAGAAAACAGUCACGGCUUAAUUGUAACCAAAAUGAAUGACACGAAUAAAAUUCACGAAAUUCGGUUUGAAAACAAAAA